UGGGUUGACUCUUUGCCAGACAAAAAACCAAAAACCAUUUGCAGACCUGAAGCAAGGUCGAUCUCAAUGGAUGUCAGACCUCGAAGCUAAGGUGAACGAGGAGAAAGCUAUUGAACGGGCAUUCAGAAGGGACUUCGAUGGACAUGAAUACUUUGACGAAAUGGAGCUUCUUUUCCGUGGGGCCAAGAUAGGUCAAGAAGAUGGUGGUGGUGAUGGGACUGGUGCCACCCAGGGGAAGGAACACCGAAGGAGCGUGUACACUUAUCAUCGGUCGUCUCGUCCGAAUACGCGCCCAAAGACCGGAGGCACUCUACAACGGGGUGCAUCGAGACGCUUGAUGCACGUAUCCAGUGCCAGAGGCUCACUAACUGAUGCAUCUCAGAGCAAGCUCCCGGGCCACACUGUAUUAUUCAGCUCUGGCCCUGCUGCGUCAACAGAUGCUGAAUCUUCUGCAGCAUCGAAGAAAGAUAAGAUAGUUAGCAGAAGUGGAGCAUCAGCAAUGAAGAAAGCUUCCAAGGCGUCAACUGCAAUCGUCCAUCUUGAGGAUCCCAAGAGCCUCACCCUUGGCGACGUCAACGCCUCUGGUCCUCAAGCUACCAAAACGCGGCCAGAGGAACAGCUUCCACUGAUUCCACGGCAAGAAUGGAUGGACCAAUCUGUGUUUACGGCUCUCACUGACAUGAGGCGGGCAAGGAUCGAAAAGGAAGAGGAGAUCAAGCAGUGCCAAUUUCGAAUAGGGCUGUAUAACGGAGCAUAUACCAGAACCUUGGGACAAGAGCUGAAGUUACGAAAGCAGGCAGAAGCAAUAUCGUGGACAAUGAGGGAGCUGGGAAAGGACGCGCUCCAGAAACAUUUUGACAUCACCUUGGCUUUCAAUCUGAUUCAAAAGCAGGUAAAAUGGGGUUAAAAAAAAAAAGAAAAAAAGAGGAGGAUUUAAAAAAAAAGAAAAAGAAAAAAAAAGGAUAAUGUGUAAUCACUAAUCCAUAA